UUCAGACGUGUUUGUACGAGCAGGAGAAGGAGAAGGAGCAGCAGCAGCAGCAACAACAACAACACCAACACCAACGGUAACAGCCCGGAACUAGACAUGCUGACCAACAUGAUAGGUAACAAUUGCAUCCGAGGCGAAUUCGUCUGCGCAGGAUACCCCCCGCAAAGAGGCACAGGGUGGCAGAAGCCGGACAAUAAAGGCGCCACCAUACCGCUCGAAUCGAAAGACCCCAGUUACGUGCCGCCGGGGGCUUAUGGCAUGCCCCAACAGACCCCAUACGGCGGCCAGCCGUCUGUCGCUCCCAGACGGGAUCCCUUGCCGCCGUAUUCCCGAGGACAGCCUCUGCGCAUCGACCCGCCACAGGGAAGGCCGUUGGUGAAUGAGGAUGACCGGCCCACUGCGUCGACAAUACCCAGCGCCUCUGUGGCGAGUCCGGAACACAAGCUGUCGGCCCUACCUUACACGCCGGCCAACGUCUUCCCGACACCUGUUAGUGCCCAAGGGCCCCCGCAGCAGUCUGGUUUCUCGGAGCGGAAGGAGUACCAGCGCGUACCACCACUGCACGACCUCACUAGGACCGAGCCUGAGACGCCUCAUCCCGGCAACACGCUACCGCAGAUCAACAUACUGCACCCGACCAGGACAAACAGCCCGGCGCCGCCGCCGCCGCAGCCGCCAACGACCAACGUUCAAGUAGCGGCCCAGCUUGCCCUUUCACACGCUCAGUUCCCCGGAAACAGGCAGAGGACGCAGAAGGAGGAGAUGCUGUCCGGGAGACACUAUUACCCUUUCGACAAGGAGCUGGUACUCGAACGGGAGCGUUGCAGCGCGGCGUGCUGGCGAUUCAACAACUCGACGAAUCCGAACAACGGCGUUUCGCCUGCCGAGCGUGCGCGCCUGUUCCGCGAGAUCUUGCAGCCUCGCGACCCGAUUCAGAUCUCACCCACCCUUGCGUCGCCGGUGACGAACGUUGGUCGCGUGGGCGAUAACGUGGUGGUGGAGGCACCUUUCACCUGUGACUACGGGUACAACAUUACGAUCGGGCAGAACGUCAUCGUUGGACGGAACUGUACGAUCAUCGAUACGUGCGAGGUCAAGAUUGGGGAUAACUGCCACAUCGGGCCCAACGUCAAUAUCUACACGGCUACCCUGCCCAUAGACCCCAAGCGGCGUAUGGGAAGCAAAGGACCCCAGCUCGGCCGUCCCAUCACCAUCGAGCAGGACUGCUGGAUUGGUGGUGGAGCCAUCAUUCUGCCCGGCCGUGUAAUUGGAAAGGGCAGCACGGUCGGCGCUGGGGCUAUUGUGACCAAGACGGUAUACGACGACGCUAACCUUUUGGUAGGACGUCCCGCCCUUCACUAUUGUGGUGGGCAACCCGGCUCGCGUUCUUCGAGGCAUCUCCUCAUGACACGGCGGCUACCCACAGUUCUUCGGUGUUCCGCGACUUGACGUGCUUCUAUUUGGGGUUUAAUGUUUUGUGCUCUUCUGUCUAUCUGUUAUCUAUUUGCUCUCUUUCUCUGGCGGUGAUACCCGAAUGCACAAACCUGUAAAACCAGCACUUAUGUCGAUUUUUGUUUAUUUAUUUUCUACUUUAGGCGGGCAUCACUAAAGAAGGGCGAGGUUUAUGAGAGGAGCAUGGAGGCUGAUUUCUAUGUUCUGAGACACGCAGGGGCAGUCUUGGAACAUAUCAAAAAGGGGGGAUGAUGAAUACAUAGCUCAGGUAGCUGACGAAUUCCUGGCAAGG